AUGACAAUAUUCGACGAUAACAAUGAUGAUGAUGAUUGGGCAGAUGUUGGAUUACUCGAAGGUCAUACCUAUUAUAUUACGGUACCAAACCCACCAUCAUAUCUAGAUUGGUCACCUCAAGGAGCAGUUAAAACCCAACAAAGCAUCUUUGACUCGAAUGGAAAGACCCCCAAUUUCCAAUUAUCGGGACCAUAUACAAUUAUUGCAACCGGAGAAUGUGGCAGCUUCAAGAGACAGACGCAACCAAUAUAUGGUGGUUUAACAUGUAGAUAUCCACUCAACGCAACACUUAACAUCAAGCUAAUCAUUGAUAACAACAACGACGUAGCAUUAAACGUUAACAAAGAAGCAAGAGACGUCUAUGGAAACCUUUACAGCCAUCAACCAACAACCAGCGCUGACUAUGAUAUUUAUCAAUACUAUAAUCACGUUCCAGGAUGGUAUCAAGCCAAUAUCACUGGUCGUCCAGAGUUUUAUGAAUUCCUUCCAACCAUCACUAGUAGCGACAAUUCGUCAAGUGUUGGAUUCCUCACUGAACCAUUCAAGACAACCAACUUUGGAACUGCUCCAGGAUCGAAUCCCCCUUCUAAACCGGCCACCCAAUGUUCAACCAAUUAUGUUGUCGGAUUAACUAUUCGUAUGUACGAUGCAUCAAGUCGUAUGUCUGGUCGUAUCAAUACUACAAAUGGAGACCCAAUGGCCAAUAUCAACGUCACUCUUAUCCCCGAUGACCCCAACUAUCCAACAGUGACUGUUCUAACCGAUUCCAAUGGAAUGUAUUCAUUUGACCCUGUCAGACCAGGCGUGUACACCAUUUCAGUCUUUGAACAAGACUAUCAAAUCACCAAGGGUUACAAACCAAUUGCAACUGUCUCCACCACCAAGCAAUUCAGAAUAGAUCCAUUAAAUGACAAGGAUUGGAUUGAGAAUUGGUCAAAUAGUACUGCGCCCACAAGAUUUGUCAACAACAAUUUCAACUUUACCAUUGCAUGUCAAUCCAUUCCAGAUGCUGUUGAAUUGUACACUGUUUUAUUCUACGAUCCUUAUGGAAAUGGAACAUAUUCAGCAGCCAAUGGUAGUCCAUCCAAUCUCGACAUCAAUUUGUAUGAUACCAACUCUAGUGCCAUUCUCCAAACUCAAACUACCAAUUCAACUGGUGGAGUAAUGUGGACUGGAUUAAUUGAAGGACAUUCCUAUUAUAUUAAAGUACCAAAUCCACCAUCGUACCUUGCAUGGUCACCUCAAGGAGCUGCCAACACUCAACAGAGCUACUUUGACGCAUCUGGAAAGACUCCAAACUUCCAAUUGUCUGGACCAUACGAACCAAUCAAAACGACUGUGUGUAGAAACUACAAACUUGCAACUCGUCCAAUCUAUGGUGGUUUGAAAUGUCCAUCACAACUCAAUACAACACUCAUUGUCACUGUCUAUCUUGACAACAACAGAGAUAAUCUUGUUCAACCAGACGAAGGAAUGCUCAAUGCCAACCAUUCAACAUCGGGUCUAUUGGUGACACUCAUCUCAGAAGCCAACAGUAAGGAAGCAAUGGACUCUCUUGGAAAGACAUACAACAAAACUCCAACCGUCGAUGGUAAUACCAAGGUUUAUUACUAUUACAAUCAUGUUUCAGGAUGGUAUCAUCUCAACAUGACUGGUAGACCAGAAUAUUUUGAAUUCUCAACACCAACAAAAAGUAAUGAUGACUCUAAUAGUACUCGAUUCCUCACAGAACCAUUUAGAACCGAUACAUUUGGAACAACUCCAGGGUCCAUCCCACCAGCUAAACCAGCAUACCGUUGCAUAACCAAUUAUGCUGUUGGCGUCGGUGUCCGUAUUUUCGAUGCAUCAAGUCGUAUCUCUGGUCGCAUCAACAAUACAAGUGGAUCUCCAAUGCCAGAUGCUACUGUCACCAUCACUCCUGACAAUCCAGCCUAUCCAUCGAUCACUGUUCAAACCGAUGAAAAUGGAAUGUAUUCAUUCGACUCUCUUCGACCAGGUACCUAUACGAUAUCGGUCGUUGAAGAAGACCACCAACUCUCCAGUGGAUAUAAACCUAUUGCAUCUACCACCAAUACCAAACAAUUCAAGAUUGAUCCAGCCAAUGAUAAGGAUUGGGUUGAAGAUUGGUCCAAUAAUACAAGAUUCAUCAACAAUAAUUUCAACUUUUCACUGGCCUGUCAACCAAUACCAGAUGCUAUUGAACUGAAUACCAUCAUAUUCUACGAUCCAAAUACAAAUGGAGCGUACAAUGCAGCCAAUGGUGGACCAUCCAAUAUUGUUGUCAAUUUGUAUGAUACCAACUCUACAGCCAUUCUCCAAACUCAAACAACCAAUUCAACAGGAGGUGUCACGUGGACUGGGCUACUCGAAGGUCAUUCUUAUUAUAUGAAAGUACCCAAUCCACCAACAUGGCUAAAAUGGUCACCACAAGGAUCAUCAAGCUACUUUGACGCAACUGGAACGACCCCCACUUUUUCAUUAUCUGGACCUUACCAAGCAAUCAAGACAGCUACUUGUAGAACCUACAAAAGAGAAACAGAUGCAAUUUAUGGUGGAUUGGCAUGUCCAUCCCCAAUCAACGCAACACUCAGUGUAUUGGUAUUCAUUGAUAACGACCAAGAUGGUAGUAUUGAUUUAGAAGAGAGUAUAUCUGCCACUCUCUAUUCAGCAGCCACCAACCUUGAAGCCAAAGAUACUUUUGGAAAAACAUAUAGUAAAUUGCCGAUGGAUAGUGAUGGUAAAUACUUCUACUACUACAACCAUGUUCCUGCGUGGUACUAUGUAAACAUGACUGGAAGACCCGAUUUCUAUGGAUUUGUCUCAGCAAUACACAGCAAUGAUGACUCGGGCAGUAUUCGAUUCCUCACUGAACCAUUCAAAACCGAUACUUUUGGUACAACGAGUCUUGCAAGAUCCAACCGACCCACCAAACCAGCCGACCAUUGUUCAGCCAAUUAUAUCAUUGGUUAUACAAUCCGUCUUUAUGAUGCAUCGAGUCGUAUCGCUGGACGGAUACAAACAUACUCGGCAGCCAAUGGUGGUCCAUCAAAUAUCGUUGUCAAUAUUUACGAUACCAACUCUACUGCCAUCCUCCAAACGCAGACAACCAAUUCAACAGGAGGUGUCAAAUGGACCGGACUACUCGAAGGUCAUACCUAUUACAUUAAAGUACCAAACCCACCAUCUUGGUUGGUAUGGUCACCACAAUCAUCAACAAGCUACUUUGACGCAACUGGAAAGACUCCAAACUUCAAAUUCUCUGGACCAUACAAACCAAUUAGCACAGUCGGUUGUAGAUCCAACAAAAGAUUACCAGAUUUGAUCAAUGGUGGAUUGAGAUGUCCAACCCAACUCAAUGCAACACUCAUUGUCACCGUCUCCAUUGACAACAACAGAGAUAAUAUCUUGCAACCAGAAGAGAGUAUGCUCAAGGCCAAUCAUUCAACAUCGGAACUAUUGAUCACCCUCAUCUCGGAGCUCAACUCCAAAGAAGCAAAGGAUUCGUUUGGAAAUGCAUACAACAAAACUCCAUCCACCAGUAGCACUACCAAGGUUUAUUACUUUUACAACCAUGUUGGUGGGUGGCAUCAUCUCAACAUGACUGGUAGACCAGAAUAUUUUGAAUUCUCAACACCAAUUAAAAGUAAUGAUGACUCUAAUAGUACUCGAUUCCUCACAGAACCAUUUAGAACCGAUAAUUUUGGAACAAAUCCAGGGUCCAUUCCACCAGCUAAACCAGCAGACCGUUGUAUAACCAAUUAUGCUGUUGGAGUCAAUGUCCGUUUAUAUGAUGCAUCAAGUCGUAUCUCUGGGCGUAUCACUAGUCCAACUGGAUCUCCAAUACCAGAUGCCGCAGUUUUUAUCCUUCCCGACAAUCCAGCGUAUCCACUUUUAAGUGUUGAAACUGAUGCCAACGGGGCGUAUUCCAUCACCCCUAUUCGACCAGGCGUGUACUCUAUUACAGUCGCCAAAGAAGACUAUAUACUUACGAGUGGAUACAAACCGAUUGCAUCCACCGCCACUACCGUUCAAUUCAGAAUUGAUCCACUAAAUGACAAGGAUUGGGUUCAGAAUUGGUCGGGCAAUACAAGAUUCAUUAACAGUAAUUUCAACUUUAAUCUGACUUGUCGGGUUGUACCAGACACUGUCGAAUUGUAUACCGUCAUUUUCUACGAUCCAAAUACAAACGGAGCAUACUCGGCAGCCAAUGGUGGCCCAUCCGAUAUUGUUGUCAACUUGUAUGAUACCAACUCUAGUGCCAUUCUCCAAACUAGAACAACCAAUUCAACGGGUGGAGUCAUGUGGUCAGGAUUACUUGAAGGACAUACCUACUAUGUUCAAGUUCCAAAUCGGCCAUCAUGGUUGGUAUGGUCACCACAAGGAGCAAUUAACACUCAACAAAGCUCCUUUGACUCGGCUGGAAAGUCACCAAACUUCCAAUUGUCAGGUCCAUACCAAACAAUCGGCACAGUUGGUUGUAUAACCACCAAGAGAGCGACCCGACCUGUAUAUGGUGGAUUGGCAUGUCCAUACCCAAUCAACGCAACACUCAUUGUAUUGGUAUUCAUUGAUAAUGAUAGAGAUAGUGUCAUCGACCUAGAAGAGAGUAUGCUCAGGGCAAAUCACUCUGUAUCAGGUAUAUCUGCCACUCUCUAUUCAGCGGCCACCAACAAUGAAGCCAGAGAUGUUUAUGGAAACACAUACAGUAAAACACCAGUGGAUAGUGACGGAAAAUACUUCUAUUACUACAACCACGUUCCUGCAUGGUACUAUGUAAAUAUGACUGGUAGACCAGAAUUCUUUGAAUUUGUCUCAGCAAUACACAGCAACGACGACCCAAGUAGUUAUCGAUUCCUCAGUGAACCAUUCAAAACCGAUACUUUUGGAACAACUCCAGUCUCCAACCGACCCACCAAACCUGCAGACCGUUGUUCAAGCAAUUAUGUUAUUGGAGUUGCAGUCCGUAUAUUUGAUUCAUCGAGUCGUAUCACUUCUCGUGUCGCAGAUACCAAUGGAAACGCCAUUGCCAAUGCUCAGAUCAAGCUCACCCCAGAAAAUACUUACUAUCCCACCCUCUCAGCCACUACCGACGCAAAUGGACAAUAUACUCUUUCUGGAAUCCGUCCCGGUAUAUACUCGAUUUCAGUUACCGCAUCGGGCUGGAAACACAACAAUUCUGGAUACAAACCCAUUGCCGCUGGAUCUACAUCAACUGGUCUAUUCAGAAUCUCUCCUGCAACUGACAAGGAUUGGGUCGAGAAUUGGUCAGGCAAUUCAAGAUUUAUCAAUACUCAAUUCAACUAUGUAAUGACAAAGUAA